AGCAAAACUCAUGCUAUGAGCUUUUAUGUGGAACUCCAUAUAGACACAGUACAUGCUGAGUAAGAGAAAGGGAGGAGUUGUGAAAAAAAAAGUGGUGGAUUUAAGACAGACUAAAUGUUAUGAGGAGAUACGGAAGACAAGUGGAAGGAGUGUGUGCAUCAGGAAUGGAGAUGUUUAGCUUUUUGUUGAUGACUUUCCUUUUUGGAAGUGGUAGCUUCUUAACCAUGCAGAGAGAUGAGGCUGCUGGCCGUAUUUCCUCAUUAGGCUGUAUUUUGCCUAAAGCCUGUCCAAUGACUGGCUAUGAGAGUUGGUUCAGAGUGGGGUCACGCUGUGUCAAAUACUUUGGGAAUCCUCUCAACUUCACUGCAGCUGAGUUCAGCUGCAGAAGCAAAGCCCCUGGUGGACACCUGGUGUCAAUGCACAACACAAAGGCUAAUGCUGACGUGCUCUGCAUUGUGAUCAAAUACAGUCCACAAAACCUGCGCAUCUGGAUCGGAGGCUUUGAGUUGUUUCAGUCUGGUAGAUUUGUCUGGACCGACGGUUCCUUUUGGAACUAUCAAAUCUGGACACCCGGUGAGCCCAAGCACAGAUUCAGCAACAGGGAGGACUGUGUGGAAAUGAACUGGAAUCAUGUUGGCAAGUGGAAUGACGAUUCUUGUUAUGUGCGAAAAAACUACGUAUGCGCCUUCAAAGUCAUGACAGCUUUGACUUAGACUUGCAGUAGGCUUAGACUGAACUGUUUUAUCUGUCAAUUAACCUUAAAACUUUGCGUUCAAAAUUGUGAAAACGACAUAUUUUUAAAAAUGAAUAAAAAUUUGUUUUAUUA